UUAAAAAAAUGACGAUCCAACAAGUUCCUCAAGAAUUAAACAAAAUAUCCAACAUCAGCCUGUCAUUUGCUGGCUGUGGGUUCCUAGGAAUUUAUCAUGUCGGUGUCGGAACGUGCUUCAAAAAGUUUGCAUCACAUUUGCUGCUUCAAAACAUCGUCGGAGCCUCAGCUGGAGCUCUUGUAGCUACACUAUUGCUGCUUGAUCUGCCGAUGGACUUUGUGGCAUCAGAAUUCUUCAAGAUCGUCGCAGCAGCUCGCAAUCACUCUCUCGGUCCAUUCUCGCCAGCAUUUGACAUCCAAAAAGUCUUAAUUAACCGACUGCAUACAUAUUUACCAGAAAAUGCACAUAAAACAGUCACUGGACGCAUCCACAUCUCACUUACUAGAAUAUUUGAUGGCAAGAACAUUGUUGUGUCGCAGUUCAACAGUCGUGAAGACCUGAUUGAUGCGCUAGCUUGUUCCUUCUUUAUUCCUGGAUUUUCUGGAAUUUUACCGCCAAAGUUUCAUGGAGUUCGGUACAUGGAUGGAGCAUUUUCUGAUAAUUUGGUGGCUUUGGAUGAUCACACAGUGACUGUAAGUCCAUUUUGUGGUGAGACUGACAUUUGUCCGAGGGAUGAAACUGAGUUUAAGUUCCAUAUCAGCCUCUCAAACACCAGCAUGGAGCUCACAACAAGCAAUGUAUCCCGUCUUCUUCACGCCCUCAUCCCGCCAUCUCCAAAAGAACUUUCAGAUCUCUGCCAGAAAGGCUACAACGAUGCCCUCAACUACCUACAAAGCAACAAUCUCAUCGCCUGCAAUUCAUGCUCAGUAAUUCAACAUAACUUCAUCAUAUCAAAGGAACCGCCAACACAUUAUGACCCAGAAUGUGGACGAUGCACAGAAUCAAGGGAAGAGUCAAUGCACGAGUCGAUGCCUGAGCAAGUUUUGAAUAUUUUAUCGACACAUUUGGAAGGACCGAAUUGUGCGAUGAUUAAGUUUUUCAAUACAAUGGCAAUUCCGCUGUUGAUUCCUUGCAGCUUGGCUAACUUUUUUUUGGUGAAAAUCUCGAAAGCAACGAACUCAAUUUAUGAGUUUAGGAGGUCAGUGACUGAAAAUCUACAUCAAAAGUUCAUCAGCGCACUAAGGGAGUUGAAAGCGAGUGAUCAGCAUGAAGACAAUGAUUCUGAGGAUCCAAUCAGCUCACAUAGCUCAAGUGACGAUGGAUUUUCGGAAGACUGUGACCAUGGCUGCAUGUAGAGGAUGUGAAAAUGUG